CCGCCCCCCGUUUUUGUCCGCCCCCUCAGACCGGCGACGGCGUCAACGACGCGCCGGCGCUGAAGAAGGCCGAGAUCGGCAUCGCCAUGGGCUCGGGCACGGCCGUGGCCAAGACGGCCUCGGAGAUGGUGCUGGCCGACGACAACUUCUCCACCAUCGUGGCGGCCGUGGAGGAGGGCAGGGCCAUCUACAACAACAUGAAGCAGUUCAUCCGCUACCUCAUCUCCUCCAACGUGGGCGAGGUCGUCUGUAUCUUCCUGACGGCGGCGCUGGGGCUGCCCGAGGCGCUGAUCCCGGUGCAGCUGCUCUGGGUGAACCUGGUGACGGACGGGCUGCCGGCCACGGCGCUGGGCUUCAACCCGCCCGACCUGGACAUCAUGGACAAGCCGCCGCGCAGCCCCAAGGAGCCGCUCAUCUCGGGGUGGCUCUUCUUCCGAUACCUGGCCAUCGGAGGCUACGUCGGGGCCGCCACGGUGGGAGCGGCCGCCUGGUGGUUCCUCUUCGCCGAGGACGGGCCCAACGUCAGCUACCACCAGCUGACCCACUUCAUGCAGUGCUCGGAGCACAACGUGGACUUCGAGGGGCUGGACUGCGACAUCUUCGAGUCGCCGGUGCCGAUGACGAUGGCGCUGUCGGUGCUGGUGACCAUCGAGAUGUGCAACGCCCUCAACAGCCUGUCGGAGAACCAGUCGCUGGCGCGGAUGCCGCCGUGGGUGAACAUCUGGCUGAUGGGCUCCAUCUGCCUCUCCAUGUCCCUGCACUUCGUCAUCCUCUACAUCGACCCCCUGCCCAUGAUCUUCAAGCUGACGCCGCUGACGCUGACCCACUGGCUGAUGGUCAUCAAGAUCUCCUUCCCGGUCAUCCUGCUGGACGAGGCCCUCAAGUUCAUCGCCAGGAACUACCUGGAGGCGGAAGAGCCCGCCCGGAAGCACCGGAAGUGACGAUUUUGGGGACCCCGCCCCCUCCCCCACCCGAAACAUGGGGAGGGGGGCGUGGCCAAAACGCGGCCCCUCCCCCACCUCGACCCCUCCCCCCAAUCCACCCCCCCAAAAUUCCAUCCCCCCCACCCCAUUCAAAUCCAGAGAAGGGGGCGUGGCCAAAACUGGCCCCUCCCCCACCCCAAUUUCCCGCCAAAAUCGGAGAGGGGCGUGGCCAAAAUGCCCCUCCCCCAAUCCCAAACCCGCCCCUCCCCCACCCCCAAUUCCCCCCCCCCCCCGGCGGGAAAUUUGGGGUCUCCACCCCCCCCACCCCCCCCGAAAAUUCGAGAGGGGGGCGUGGCCAACAUUGGCCCCUCCCCCAGCCCACAAUUUGCCCCUCCCCCACCCCCCGGGGGGGGGAAAUUUUGGGGGUCGCCCCCUGCAGUGGGGCCCCCCCCCCAAAAAAACCCCCCCUCGGGGCCCCGCCCCCAAAUCCGGGCGGUGGGCGUGGCCUAAAUUUGCCCCUCCCCCUCCCACAACCCCUCCCCCCUUCAUUUCCCCUCCCCCACCCCCCAAAUUUCCACCCCCCCCUCCCCCUCAGGGGAGGAUUUUGGGGUCGCCCCGCCCCUCAAAAAUUUUUGGGGAGGGGGCGUGGCUAAAGUUGGCCCCUCCCCCUCUCAGAAGCCCCUCCCCCAAGCCCCGCCCCUCCCCCCCGCCAGCGUCGCUUAUUUAUUGCCAAUAAAGGGAGCUCGCCCCUCCCCCACCCCCCCAA